GUCUACACCGUGUUUCACCGAUAUGCCUGCCUUGUGAUCUGCCUCAUUGGCGUCAUUUCGAACGCCGUCCACAUUUUGGUGCUGUCACGACCGCGAAUGCGACGUUGUGCGGUGAAUUGCGUGCUCACAGCUGUUGCUUUUUGCGACGUGGUCACAAUGACUUCAUACACCAUAUACCUCUUCCGAUUCCGAAUUUAUCAGGGCGAGAACGGCUAUUCCUACAACUGGAUGUUAUUUCUGAAGAUUCACGUCGUCGUCAGUAUUGCUCUCCAUGCCAUAACUCUGUAUAUGGGAGCCGCGUUAGCCUUCAUACGAUGGCAAGCGUUAGGAAACAUUCACAGCCGAUGGCUUCAGCCCAGAUCCGCUUGGAAGCUAUUCGCGAUCGUGACAGCUUCGAUCUCGAUAAUGUGUGUGCCGACGGUGAUUCUGCAUGAGAUUUUCGUUGUGCAGAACGAUCAACCGACAUCUACGCCGUCGUACACAUUGGACUUUUCGAACUACUCAUGUGGUUUUUACAAGUUCAAUCUUUGGAUGUUGGCAGUAGCGAUGAAGGCGAUUCCUUGCGCAUUACUAUUGUGGUUUACGGUGGCAUUGGUGUUGAAGCUUCGCCAGACCGACGAGAAACGGAACUAUCUGUAUUCGAAAAGUUUCCGGAAACACAUUAAGAAGACGACUGUACCGGAUCGAACUACGUACAUGCUGAUUAUCAUGCUGGUCGUAUUUCUGGUCACCGAACUUCCGCAAGGGUUUCUCGCCCUACUCAACGGUGUCUACACCACCGACGUCAAUAAUUACAUCUAUCAGCAUGUUGGAGAGCUGUUCGAUUUGCUGUCGUUAGUGAAUUGCAGUGUCGACUUCGUGCUGUACUGUUUCAUGAGCUCACGUUACCGGCAGACGUUCGGCCAUAUUCUGAUACGGGUGGAAAGUUGGCUGCGUAACCAGAACAACGGCUGCAAAUACACAAAGGAUAUCCCGAAAACACCACCACCCACGGUUGUU